ACGUAAUUCAUUGCUUUAGUUUCAGAGCAUUUUUUCUUCUCUGUACUUGUGCAGAUUCCGACCAUUAUCCGUGGGAUUCCAAUCAUUAUUCCGGCCAACAUCCACUAAUUCCGUCCAAAUAUCGAUCGCCUUCUUUGCUUAGCUUACCUCACAUCUACUUUCCCAAGAUUUCCGGUGACGUUCCGGGACCAUAACCUUGCUUUUCCGGCUACAUAUGCCGGAUAGUUCAUUUUGAGGCGGGUUCCACUGAUUCCAUCACCAUCAAAUCCCGGGUUCUUAUUGAUCUGGACCAGUUUCUGAUUUCAAUUUCUGGAUAAGGCAUCAGAUUGGGGCAAAACGUGCCGGAAAAUUGAGUUUUCCGGAAAAAUUUAGCUGGAGUGGAGAAGAUUGGAGAUGGAGCAGAAACAGUUAUUGACUGCUUUAGGGGUCGGGCUCGGUGUUGGUCUAGGGUUCGGAUUCGCUUCGGGAACCAGGUGGUCAUCUAGUAAUGGCCCAAAUUUAGCAGAGAAUGUAGAGAUUGAGCUUAUGAAGCUAGUCUCAGAGGGCAAGCACACAGGGAUCACCUUUGACGAAUUUCCCUACUAUCUAAGCGAGCAAACAAAAAUGUUGUUGACCAAUUCAGCCUAUGUGCAUCUAAAACAAACUGAGCUGAGCAAAUACACGAGAAACCUCUCAUCAGCAAGCAAAGCAAUUCUCUUAUCAGGCCCAGCAGAACCCUAUCAGCAAAUGCUUGCAAAGGCCCUAGCCCAACACUUUGAAGCCAAACUCCUCUUAUUCGACGUAACAGAUUUCUCCUUAAAGAUACAAAGCAAGUAUGGUAGCAAUAACAAUGGGACUGAAGUUACUUCUUCAAACUUGAUGUCCUCGAAAACAUUUGAUUGCUUCUCAAACCUUCUCGAGCGUCUUUCAAUCCCUUCUCUAAGAGAUGAACUUGGACUCAGGGGAGCAGAAGGUACUAUUAAAGGCAAUGGAACCUGUAAUAGUGGACCUUCAUCUUCAGGUGCAGUCACAGCUAAGAGAUCAAAUCAAUGGGCAUUUGAUGAAAAAUUACUUGUGCAAUCCCUUUACAAGGUUAUCAGCUCUGUGUCAAAAACUACACCAAUCAUCCUAUAUCUACGAGAUAUUGAGAAGCUUUUGUCUAAAUCUCAAAGAAUGUACUCUUUAUCCCAAAAGAUGAUAAGCAAGCUCUCAGGCCCUGUCCUCAUAUUGGGCUCAAGGAUAUAUGAUCAUUCAUGUGACAAAGACAACUCCAUAGUGAUUGAUGAGAAAGUGUUACAGCUCUUCCCUUACAAGAUAGAAGUGAAGCCCCCUGAAAAUGAUGCAGAGUUGGCACAAUGGAAGAUUCAAUUAGAGGAAGACAUGAAGGUGAUACAAGUUCAAGAUAACAGGAAUCACAUAACUGAGGUUCUUACUGCUAAUAAUCUUGAUUGCGAUGACCUUAGUUCGAUAUGCGUGGCUGACACUGAGGUCCUUAGCAAUUACAUAGAGGAAAUUGUGAUGUCUGCUUUCUCUCAUCACCUAAAGAACAACGAGUCUCCUGAGUACAGGAAUGGGAAGCUUGUUAUUUCAGCUAAAAGUCUUGCGCACGGGCUAAGUCUAUUUCAGGAAGAUGACGUAAAUGGAAAUGAUUCACUGCAGAUAGGGGCCAGUUCUGAGUCUGUAAAGGAGACACAAGAUGAAACUGGUUCUUCCACUGAAAAGACGGAGCCAAAAGCCGAAGCUGGGGCACCUGAAAACAAAACAGAAGGGGAGAAGUCAGGCCCAGCAGCUAAGAAGGAGAGUGAUGGCGUCAAACCCCUUAAGGAAGUAGUUCCAGACAACGAGUUCGAGAAGCGAGUACGGCAGGAGGUAAUCCCUGCAAGCGACAUUGGGGUGACCUUCUCAGACAUUGGAGCACUAGAAGAUACCAAGAAGGUCCUCGAAGAGCUCGUAAUGCUCCCACUCAGAAGGCCUGACCUCUUUAAGGGAGGUGGCCUCUUAAGACCAUGCAGAGGAAUCCUACUCUUUGGCCCUCCUGGAACUGGAAAAACCAUGUUGGCUAAAGCCAUUGCUAAAGAAGCAGGGGCUAGCUUCAUUAACAUGUCUAUGUCUAGUGUGACAUCUAAGUGGUUUGGAGAAGAUGAGAAGACAGUAAGAGCAGUGUUCACAUUGGCUGCAAAAUUGGCACCCACCAUAAUAUUCAUUGAUGAGGUUGACAGUAUGCUGGGUCAGAGGUCAAGGACUGGGGAGCAUGAGGCCAUGCGUAAGAUUAAGAAUGAGUUUAUGGCUCAUUGGGAUGGGCUGCUCACUAAGUCCAAUGAGAGGAUACUUGUUUUGGCUGCCACUAACAGACCCUUUGACCUUGACGAAGCUAUAAUCCGUCGAUUCGAGCGCAGGAUAAUGGUUGGUCUACCCAGUGUGGAGAGUAGAGAAAUGAUUCUUAGGACACUUCUUGCGAAAGAGGCGACCGAAGAGCUUGACUUCAAGGAGCUUGCCUCCAUGACUGAAGGAUACUCUGGCAGUGAUCUCAAGAAUUUGUGCACUACUGCAGCUUAUCGGCCUGUGCGAGAGCUAUUAAAGAAGGAAAUAGAAAAAGAAAAGGAGAAGAAACAAGAGUCCGAUGAAAUUAGUAAGGAAAAAAGUGACAAUAAGUCUGAGGCCAAUGAGGAAAGACCCGAGUCGUCGAACUCUAGUGGCAAGGGUGACGAAGAGGCGAAAGAGCAAAAGAAAGAGGAAGAAGCUGAAGCUGUGAUUCCCCUCAGGCCACUAACCAUGGAUGAUCUACGCCAAGCAAAGAACCAGGUUGCCCCCAGCUUUGCAUCUGAAGGGGCCGUAAUGAGCGAAUUGCAGCGUUGGAAUGACCUCUACGGCGAAGGAGGCUCAAGGAAGAAGCAGACUCUCUCUUAUUUCCUCUAAACCCCAACCAAUCAAUUCUGGCCAUGUCAGCUCAUCUCUACCCAAUGGGAGUGGGCCACGCAUCCGAAACACGGUUCCUUGCAAGAAAAGUGCAUGUGAAGGCACAGUUGAUAUUUUUACUCAUUGAGGGGGCAAAGGGGACUUACAUGUCCUUGUAAUAAAAGUAUAGGGUAUAUUUGGGCAGUCAAAUAACAUUCUUGUUUGUCAUUUUUUUGUAUAGUAUUGGAGUAGGGGCUUGAAGAUGUUGGGUCCAUUUUCUUUUCUUUUCUUUUUUGACCUUUUUUAUCUUUAUGAAUUAUUAUGGUGCUUAAAUUGUUUGCCUUUAUUUUUUUCAUUGUAGGAUAUUAUCGAAAUCAGAAGAAAAUGAUAAAAUUCAGGAAA